AUGUCCUUUUCAGAAAAUCGAAAACGUCCCCGCUCUUCAACACCACCAUGGAAGCGACCAGCUAAGGAUGUUCGGAGAGACCGCCAUCAACGUAGCCCUCAACCGAAUAGCCGUGAGGGGAGUAACUCACAUCCCCAAAGGCGGGCGAACAAUGAGGAAAACUUUGCAAAGGAGCUCACUCGUCGCAACCAAAUUCAAGAGGCGGAGCAAAUGAGAGAAUGGGUCGCUAAGGAAGACGAGUUCGUCUUGAAGCAAUCUAAGAAGAAGGCCAAAAUAAGAGUCAAAGAAGGCCGCGCUAGAAUUAUCGACUUGCUCGCGGUGACAUUAAAUGCCAUGGACGACCCUCAAGAUCUGUUAGAGGAUGAUGGAGAUGAUGGAGAUGUGGAAGCCAUAGACCCAUCUAGCGUCUUCGAUGGAUUAGAUGCAACCAAACUAGCGGAGCUGGAAAAAGAUAUAAGUACAUAUCUUGCCCUUGAGACGAGUAGGGACAAUCGCAGAUACUGGAAUGCGCUUCGAUUGAUUUGCAAGAAUCGUAGCGAACUAGCACGCUCUGCCCCUGUCCAGGCCGACAUUGACCGUCUCCUAAAGCCGAAAACCCUAGCAGAGCUUACCCGCCUUGAAGAACAGAUUUUGAGCAAAUUGCAGUCAAAUGAACCUAUCGAUGUCGAAUACUGGGAACAAUUGAAGGCUAGUGUCGAAGUCUACAAAGCAGAGGCAGAGCUCAAAGCAAUCUACAAGUCGGUAAUUGACAAGUGUUUGAGUAAUUUUCGACGAGAACAAUGUACCGAAGCCUCAAAUCUCAAGCAAGAAUUGAGUUUACUUCUUCAGGACCCUGGAUAUGAGGGUAGACUCAGGGAGUGCCAUGAUACCACUAAGACUGAGAAUGUCUCUGUAACCCAUUCUUCGGAUUGGUCGGCCGUAUUCUUAGACCCAGAGCCUGAGCUAAAAGUUCGUCAAGAAGACAAGUAUCUUGGUGUGAUUGAAGAAGCAGCAUUCUUAGAUCAACACAACAGUGAAAAACAGCGAAUCACAAAGCUAGGAUAUGUACCAUUCAGAGACACUGCUUCUCUCAAACGAACGACAGCUGCACCUUCUAAGUCCUCAACCGCUGUAGCAAAUGCAAACGCCCGGCCUGCAGCUACCCUGGGAGAGGAUUUCUCAUCAGCAACCAAUGCUCUAUACGACCGAGAAGUAGCCCGAGGGAUACAGGAGGAUGAGGAGAUCUUUGCUGGGGAGGAAGAAGUCCAGACCAAAGCUCAACCGCAAUGGGCGGGCAAAUAUCGACCACGGAAGCCGCGUUACUUUAAUCGUGUCCAGAUGGGUUACGAAUGGAAUAAGUAUAACCAAACUCAUUAUGAUCAUGACAACCCCCCACCAAAGGUAGUUCAAGGCUAUAAAUUCAACAUCUUCUAUCCUGACCUCAUCGACAAAACUAAGGCGCCAACGUAUCGAAUUGAGCGUGAAGGAGGACGGAAACGUGGAGAGUCUUUUGCACCGGCCGGUGAGGAAGAUACCUGUCUGAUCAGGUUUUUCAGCGGUCCACCAUACGAGGACAUCGGUUUUCGUAUAGUUGACAAAGAGUGGGACUUCAGCGCAAAGCGAGAGCGUGGCUUCCGAAGUAGCUUCGAUAAAGGCAUUCUUCAGCUGCAUUUCCAAUUCAAGAAGGUUUACUAUCGCAAGUGA